UCUUAUGGAUGGCCGAGGGAAAGCAGCCGAGUUGGCAUCGACCCCUCAACCUAGACCGAUCUCGGAAACGCACAACGAGUAAACGCUUGCACUUUUCCCCCACUUUUGCCGGAAUCACUUGGCGAUGAGGCCAGAGCGCUCGGCAACACUGGAGUUGCAGAAGAAAGCCGAGAAUCCCAUGAGCCGCUGCUGACAAGACGGGAGAAGGAGAGCAGAAAGCCGGUGGUGGGAAGGAAGGAGGCUGCGGCUUCUGCUUCCCGCAGGAUAAACCAUGCCGCUGGCAAUCUGGCUGCUGGGACUCAUAUGUCACCUUGCAGGUCUCGCCUGGAGCCUGCACAUGCAUCGGCUGCACCCAAAGCAAGAAAGUUUCGUCAGGCAGUUGUCCGCGUACGAAAUAGUAACGCCGGUCAGAGUGAACGAUUUCGGCGAGGCGUUUCCGCAGCAAAGGCACUACAGGCGCAGGCGGAGGAGCGCGGAACCGGACCUUGGGGCUUCGGUGGCGGCUGCGGCGGCGCUCCGCUCGCACUACCGCGUCGAGGCGUUCGGCGAGCGCUUCCACCUGAACCUGAGCGCGGACGCAGCCUUCAUCGCGCCCUCGUAUGGGGUCACGCACCUGGGCGCGCCGCACAGCCGAGGACACGAGCCCGAGGACAUGCGACACUGUUUCUUCCAAGGACACGUCAAUGGACAACUUGAGCACCGCGCAGUCUUCAGCCUGUGCACCGGCCUGAUUGGUACAUUUACAACCCGCAGUGGAGAAUACUUCCUUGAACCUUUAAUGGCAGCUGAUGACACGGAGUAUGAGGAAGGACACAACAAGCCUCAUCUGGUAUACAAACACGACAGGAAGAAAAAGCAUGAUGGCGGUGCAUCUGAGCCUUGUGCAUCUUCAGAUCACAUGAAAGAACAUUUCCAUAGCAAUGAAAGCCUUGAAGAAAAGGUUAAGUCAGUAUGGAAAAGUUUUGAUAAACAUCUACCCGGGAUAAAACAGCCAUCCACAAACCAUUCCAGUGGCAGUAGGAGAAAACGCUUCUUGUCUUAUCCACGCUUCGUAGAGCUAAUGGUCACGGCAGAUGCCAAGAUGGUGCGGCACCAUGGACGCAAUCUGGAGCACUACAUUCUAACAAUCAUGUCAGUAGUAGCUGCAGUUUACAAAGAUCCCAGUGUUGGAAAUCUUAUCAAUAUCAUGAUUGUCAAGCUGAUUGUUAUUCACAAUGAACAGGAAGGGCCAAAUGUCAACCGCUAUGCUGCUGCGACGCUACACAACUUCUGUGUGUGGCAGCAAAGUCAGAAUGUUCUAGAUGACAGUCAUCCUUCUCAUCAUGACACUGCUCUGCUCAUCACCAGGGAAGAUAUCUGUCGGGAAAAAGACAAGUGUGACACAUUAGGCCUGGCAGAGCUGGGUACAAUGUGCGACCCAUACCGGAGCUGCUCCAUCAGCGAGGAGAACGGUCUGAGCUCCUCCUUCACCAUCGCCCAUGAGCUGGGCCAUGUCUUCAACAUGCCUCAUGACAACCACCCAAAGUGCCGGGAAGCAGGAAUGAAACAUCAGUAUCAUGUCAUGGCCCCAACUCUGAACUACGACACCAGCCCCUGGUCUUGGUCCAAGUGCAGCCAAAAGUACAUCACAGAGUUUCUAGAUACUGGUUAUGGGGAAUGUUUGUUGGAUGAACCAGUUGGCAGGUCCUACGACCUCCCUGUCAAGCUCCCGGGUCAAGUCUACAACGCCAAUCGGCAGUGUGAACUCAUGUUUGGACCAGGCUCCCAAGUCUGCCCAUUCAUGAGACAAUGUAAAAGGCUCUGGUGCACCAGCUCUGAAGGGGACCACAAAGGCUGCCGCACACAGCACAUGCCCCUGGCUGAUGGAACUGAAUGUGGACAUGGCAUGCACUGCAGGCAUGGUAUGUGUGUGAACAGAGAGAUGGAGACGAGGCCGGUGCAUGGUGAAUGGGGACCGUGGGGACCCUACAGUGUGUGUUCCAGGAGCUGUGGUGGCGGUACACGCAGCACAUCUAGAGACUGCAACAGACCUGAGCCAAGAAACGGUGGGCGUUUCUGUGUGGGACGGCGUAUGAAAUUCCGCUCCUGUAACACCGAGCCGUGUCCAAGGGGCUGGAAAGACUUUAGAGAAGAGCAAUGCUCGCAGUUUGAUGGCAAACAUUUUAACAUCAGUGGCCUGCCUUCCAGCGUCCGAUGGGUUCCCAAAUACAGUGGAAUCCUCAUGAAGGAUCGAUGUAAGCUGUUCUGUCGUGUUGCUGGGACAAUGUCCUACUACCAGCUGCACGAUCGAGUGGUUGAUGGAACUCCUUGUGGUCCUGACACUUAUGACAUCUGCGUUCAAGGACUUUGCAGGCAAGCGGGUUGUGAUCAUGUUUUAAACUCCAAGGCCAGGAAUGAUAAGUGUGGAGUGUGUGGAGGGGACAACUCGUCCUGUAGGACUGUUGCUGGGACUUUCAAUAAUGCACAAUAUGGUUAUAACGUUGUGGUACGAAUCCCAGCUGGUGCAACCAACAUUGAUGUCCGGCAGUUUAGCUAUUCAGGAACUCCUGAAGAUGAUAACUACCUCGCUCUUUCUGACAGCCAGUCAAACUUCCUGCUGAAUGGAAACUUUGUGGUGUCCAUGUUUAAAAGGGAAAUCUCCUUAAAAGGAACGCCGAUCGAGUACAGUGGCUCGAACACCACAGAGGAGCGCAUUAAUUGCACUGAGCGCAUGGAAGAAGAGCUCAUUCUACAGGUAUUGUGUGUGGGGAACCUCUAUAGUCCUGAUGUGCGUUAUUCAUUUAACAUUCCUAUAGAGGAGCACCAGGAGCAGUUUGUGUGGGACCCCUCAGGCCCUUGGCAGGAGUGCAGCCGCAUGUGCCAAGGAGAGCGUCGGAGAAAAGCAAUGUGUGUGCGUAAGAGUGACCGCCUGGUGGUGUCAGAUCAGAGGUGUGAGCAUCUUCCUCAACCAAGGGGUGUUACAGAGAACUGCAAUAUAGACUGUGAACUUAGGUGGCAUGUGACUGGUAAGAGUGAGUGCUCCACAAAAUGUGGGCCUGGGUAUCGUACUCUGGAGGUGCUAUGCAUGCGCUAUAGUCGAUCGAAGAGAGGAAGUGAAAGAGUAGAAUCCCGAGCGUGUGCAGAUCUGGAAAAACCUCAGAGCCGUGAGCCCUGUCAUGGAGACUGUCUUCUCAAGAACUGGCAAUACAGUGCCUGGUCUCAGUGUUCUAAAAGCUGUGGGCGAGGCACUCGUACACGUGACUCCUACUGCAUGAACAAUCUCGGCCGCAGACUGGCGGAGCGCGAGUGCAGCGUGUACCAGAGAGUCGUCUCUGAACCCUGUAACGACACGCCAUGUCCUGACUGGUCCAUCAGCGAAUGGACAGAGUGCACAGUGACGUGUGGGAAGGGGGUGAGGCGCAGACAGGUGUCCUGUGUUUUGGCAGAGGAGAGGCUCAGUGAUGAGCUCUGUGAUCCCAACCCCAAACCCCGCACCAUAAGCAGCUGUGUGCACUCAGAGUGCGCUUCCUGGCAGGUCGGCGCCUGGAGCACAUGUUCUGUGACCUGUGGCCACGGAUACCAAAUGAGAGCGGUGAGAUGUGUGUCUGGGGCUUACGACAACACUAUGGACGACCGAGAGUGUAACGCAGCGUCGAGACCACUGGAUCGCAAGGAAUGUGAUUUGCCAGCAUGUCCUCAAACAUCACCAGCAUCCAUCACACCACGACCUGCAGCAUCUGGACACCUACAUGCCCAGUGGAGAUUUGGGUCCUGGACUACAUGUUCUGUCUCCUGUGGGAAGGGAGAGAGGGCACGGUAUGUCAGCUGCAGAGACUCUCAAGGAAGAAUAGCUGAUGAGGCUUACUGCGCCCAUCUUCCUCGACCUCCAGAAACAUCAGCUUGCUUCAGCCCCUGUGGCCAGUGGAGGGAGGGAGAAUGGUCACCUUGCUCUGUGUCAUGUGGUGUGGGUCGUACGACUCGCCAGGUGGUGUGUAUGAACUACAACCAGCAGUUGGAUGAGUCUUUUUGCCACCUAGAUGAGAAGCCCAGCUCGGAGCAGGAGUGUGCUGCAGCCCCAUGUCCCUCUGUCUACCAGCUCUGGCCCAAUAACCAGCCCUACUUUCCCCAUGACCCUCGCAGCCAUCCAGGGCACAGUAGCUGGAAUGUUCCCUCAGCAGACCACCAGUGGAGGACUGGGCCCUGGGGAUCAUGUUCCAGUACGUGUGAGGGGGGCUUUCAGAGGAGAGUGGUGGUAUGCCAGGACUCAGAGGGCCGCAGCAUGAAUUACUGUGAUGAGAGAGUCAAGCCUAAUGAGUCGAAGAGCUGUGACUCAGGUCCUUGUCCUCUGUGGAACUACGGCAUAUGGGGAGAGUGUAGCCUGUCAUGUGGUGGCGGUCAGCGAACCCGGCUAGUAGUGUGCCAGCGUCCGAAUGGCCAGAGGCUGAACGAGCACAACUGCGACAUGCUCGAUAAACCUCCCGACGUAGAGCGGUGCAACAUGCAGCUAUGCCCCGGCAGCGCUUCCUGGCACAGGCGACAAUGGAAGCCGUGUUCUGUGACUUGUGGCAAGGGGACCAUCCAGAGAGAAGUAGUCUGUGUUUUCCAUAACCAGACUGAAACUGAAGAACAACACUGUGCACAUCUUCCCCGACCCAAGACACGCAAACUUUGCAGGGCAGGGCCGUGUCCCAACUGGAAAACUAACAAGUGGCAAGCGUGCACAGUCACUUGUGGGGUCGGGAUGCAGAAACGGGACGUGUAUUGUAGGUUGAAAGGCAAAGGUCGUGUACAGGAAGACUUGUGUGAUGCUCAUCUCCGACCCAGCAGUUUGCAGCAGUGUUUGUCCCCUGAGUGUCACAUUUAUAGCUGGUCAGUGAGUGAGUGGCAGGAGUGUAACGCUACAUGUGGGGAAGGUAUAAGACAUAGGACAGUCCAGUGUGUGCGUGGAGUGAAGAAUCCUGUCCCUGAGAGUCUCUGUGAGCCCUCAAGCAGACCUGAACUUUAUCAGACUUGCACUAGUGCCCCCUGUCAGUAUGUGUGGGUAACUGCAUCAUGGUCACAGUGUUCUGUGAGUUGUGGAGCAGGUUACCAGCAGAGGAUGGUGUCAUGCUCUGCAGUUCCUUUUGUUCCCAACCUGCAGGUGUUUGGUGGUCAGUCUUAUACCCAGGCUUUGCCUUCCAAAUGCCCACAGUCUCCUCCACCAAACACCCAACCAUGCCAGCUCCCAGCAUGUGUACUGCCUGUGUACUGGAAAGUUGGUCCAUGGAGCAAGUGUUCUCAGACAUGCGGUGCUGGAGUGAUGCAGAGGACAGUCGAGUGUCUCACCGAUAAACAUCUUCCCUCUCAAAACUGCUCAUUAUCCAGCCGACCUCAUUCCCAGGCAGCUUGCAGACAGAGACAAUGUGAAAUGGCCUCCAAUUGCAGGGAACUACAGAUGAGAGAAGGCAUUCAAAAAGAUGGUGAACAUCAUCUCCGAGUUAAAUCAAGAGUCCUUCAGAUUUAUUGUGCAGAAAUGCAAACAAGCUUUCCAAAGGAGUAUGUGACCCUACGCAGUGGCCACACUGACAAUUACUCAGAGGUGUAUGGAUACAGACUGAAUAACCCAUUCGAGUGUCCGCAUAAUGGUAGCAGACGUCAGGACUGUGCUUGCAGAAAUGACUAUCCUGCAGUGGGCUACACUCUGUACCACAGAGUAAGAAUGGACCUUAGCACCAUGCGAAUAAUCACCACAGAUGCACAGUUUUCUAAAACUCUCCUUGGCCACCCUGUUCCCUUUGGUAGUGCCGGUGACUGUUAUAGUGCUGCCAGAUGCCCACAGGGUCAGUUCAGCAUCAAUCUCACUGGGACAGGACUGAAAGUGGCUGAAUUGACUAAAUGGGUGCCUCAAGGCAACUAUGUCUCAGUCAAAGUCCAUCGAUCGGAGGAUGGAACACGAAUCUACGGGCGCUGUGGAGGUUUCUGUGGAAAGUGUCUUCCUCAUCCUCAUACUGGUCUCCUUGUGCAAGUCCAGUGAAAGACUGUCAAAUCAUGUCUGCAGGUGCGCAGAUUAAAAUUUCCACCAGGGGCGUAUUUCGUGAAAAACGAUCACAUUACACUGAGCUGCACGAACUCACGUGAACAAUGGUUGAUCUAUAAAAUGUAUUUAACAUGCAUAUGACCACUGGUGGUUACCUUGUUGGUGCACUGAGGCUUUAUGUCUCUUCUUAAUGGGAAAUGUCCUGUUACUCUGGUUAAUGAUCAUAACUGUAGUGAGUUACAGCUGAAGUUUUCCCUUCAUUAUCACCAAAAGAAAUGUCACAUCCAUACACAAACACAGCAUCUGUGCUGGGUCAGAACUACACACAGGACAUGUGAAAAUUAGUAACAGUAUAUAACAUGCACAGUAUAUAUCAAAUCUCAAUAUUGUUAUAUAUUGGGCCUGUCUGUUUUUCCACAUGAGACAGUAGACGGUAUUUCCAACGUUGUUCUUCAGUUUGGUCACAAAUUAAUCAAGUUUCUUCAAAACCUAAACAACAACCAGCACUCUGACUGAUAAAGUUGACUGAUAUAAUUAAAGAGUAUCAAAAAAGCUGUGAAAAAGUGUUAUUGGAGCUUUAACAUUUAACAUUAGUACACACAUACUGUAAAACAGACUCAUUCCUCCAUUGGGUGGGUUUGUAACAAUAUUUGUAACCUCUCUUGUCUUACUUGGUAUAGGACACGUUCACCUCAUACCACACAAGUAUUUAUUCCUAACCAGGGAAAAUAGUGGAAAUGUAGUUAUUCAGUAUGCAAAUACACUGAUUAUAGUAAGAAUUCUAAACAAGGCUAAGCCUAAAGCACUAGUAAAAUGAAUAGUGUUUCUAUAAUAGUGUUUGAUCCUAACUGAACAAUGUUUUCUUUUACAUUCACAAUCACAGAAGUAUGUGAUCUAAAAGCUUGACAUUUGUACACUUGCAAUAUGUAUAUGAUAAACUUCAUACGCAAUCAUUUGGGCAGUGUCUGCUCCAAAAGGGAUUUUUUUUUUUGAUGAUCGUGGAACAUUUUAGCUCCAAAGGCUUAGCCAGGAGUAAAAAAAAGGAACUACUGAAUGAUUGUCCCCUCAAUUAAUGUGCAACAGCACUGACUGAAGGGAGGUAGGUAGAUUUUUGAUUAAAAAAAAGUAAUAUUUUUUCAUGAAACAUAUUUUUAAAAGAGAAGAACCUGAAAACAGCAGAUCGCUAAAUCUUAAAAUUGUGAGAAUUAAGGAUCUCAUCGACCAACAUGAGCGUUCACAUUAUCCUGAUGAGCGUUCAAAGUUAGGCUUCGUAAUUAUAAUCAUACCGUACCUUAAAGCUUUGUUUCAAAGCCAGUCGCAAAGCACUGCAAAGAACUGUGAAGUAACUAUAAAUCAAGUUUAUUGCUGUGUAUAUAGCCAAGAAAGUGAAUAACCUGUGGGGUAAAAUAAUUAUUAAAGAAUUUUUUUUUUAUAGCUAAAGAAGACACCAGGGUUGUUUUUAGAAUGUUGCAAAUAGAGUAUGUUAUUUUUACCAAUUGCAAUUUGAGGUAUAUUACAAUGUGAUUGGCCGUUGUAAAACUGGAAAAACUACAAUCAAUUGUUCCAUUCUUUUAUUCAAUCAAUAAAGUCAUUUAUUUAGCCAAGUAUAUGUGUUUCAGAUGCAGAUCGGCCGUUAUAACCUGUGAUAGAUUAACAAUCUGACCCUACCUCCUGCAAAGUUGGUUAUUCAAAAUAUGGUCGUUUUUUUUUCAAUUUGUUUAUGUAUUCGUUUGUUUGUUUGUUUGUUUUGCUAUUUAUGUAUGACGGUAUUUAUAUUGUAAUGAUGUCUGUAGAUAUGUACAUUGUGUUGUCGCUAUGACUACUACCAAUGGCAAAACCUUAGUUUUCAGUGUUACAGGAAUGGCAUUACUUGUUAGUAAGCGAUUAACUUUCGAAAAAUAAGUAUUAAAUUGCUGGUGCUUUUUUUUUUUUUACUACUGAAAUUACCUCUACAAUUAGGUCGAAAAUAAGAGGUCUAGAGGUUCUUAUUAUUAUCUACAUAACAGAGACUUUGUGGUACAUGUAAUUUCAUGCUUAGGUGUGAUGUUGGCCUGUUAGUUAAGUGCGUUGCACCACAUGUAACAGCUGCCACUUUUGCCUUUGAUGUUAGAAGCAACCAGGAGCGAUUUGGAAACAACCUGAUCUGGCACUCUAUACUUAGACUAAAGUCUUCACUUGUGGGUGCAUGUACACCAAUCAAGGGACUUUCACACAUCAUCUCAGUUCAUUUUCAUUUAAAAGAGCAGCAGUCUUAUAUAAAUCUAUGAGCAGCUAACAUUACAUUGGUUAUUGUUGUUUUGACAGGCAACUGAACUCCGAGGUCUGUAUCAGAAAUAAAACAAUUACGAGAUGCACAAUGUGCCAAGAAAUGUGUAGAAACGUGUCACUUCUGUAUUCAUAAAAUAAUAGUUUGAAAUGGUACACUUUUUUUAAAAAACAUGUAUACUUGAAAUGCAAAUAAUGAAUAGUCAUUAUGUCUAGGUACAAAUGAUGAAAUCAAAAAACGGGCCCAUUGGCCAUGUAUUAUCCAAAGAUGUUUUACAGAGGCCAUUUUUUUUUUUUAUCUGUAUGAUUGGUGUGGAUUUUUUUAUAAUAAAAUCAUGAAUUAUGCUAUGGUGCUAUGUUUAGUAGUAAGAAAGGAUAUGUGAUCAAUCCUGUAAGACAUGCCACUGUACUAACUCUAAUUUAAAAGAGCAAUAAA